AUUCGUCCGUUGCUGGCUGAAACAAGGGAGCAAUUUCCCAAAAAAAACAAGGGAGCACGAGAGCGAGGGAGAGUUUUCGUGUGCGAUUUGACCAAAUAGACUACGUCUUCUUGGAGUUGCGGGAGACCUGGGCUGCUCGUUCCUUCCUGGCUGAGACGGAAUCAAGAAAGUGAGAGCGUCGACUGAGAAAGGGCAGAAAUCGGAGAAGGGCAAGUAACCUGUGUAAGAGGUAUCAGGGUUGCUAUGAUCAUGAAUCUAGCAUCCAUCCAACGCACAGGAAUAUGGAGGAUAUCUCCAGUUUUUACAAGGAACAAAAAUCUGGGAAUUCCAUAUUCCAUCCAAUGUGCUGUCCACUUCAGACCCUGCAUCGACAUACAUAAGGGCAAGGUAAAGCAAAUUGUGGGUUCCACACUUCAGGAUUCAGCUGAAAAGAAUACUCUUAUAACCAACUUUGAAUCUGACAAGUCAGCAGCAGAGUUUGCAGAUUUGUACAAGCAGGAUGAACUAAGAGGCGGGCAUGUAAUAAUGCUUGGUGCUGAUGAAGCGAGCAAAUAUGGAGCCACAGAGGCCUUACAUGCCUAUCCUGGUGGCAUGCAAGUUGGUGGUGGUAUUAAUUUGGAAAAUGCUGUCCAUUAUCUAGAGGAAGGAGCUAGUCAUGUCAUUGUUACAUCACAUGUUUUCAGGGAUGGAAAGGUUGUUCUCGAGCGGCUGAAGGAGUUUGUUCAUAUUGUUGGCAAGGACAUGCUUGUCUUGGAUCUUAGUUGCCGGAAAAAGGAUGAGAAGUAUGUCAUUGUAACUGAUAGAUGGCAGAAAUUCAGUAAUUUGUGUUUGGAUGAGGAAAACUUAGCAUUCCUUGCAAGCUUUGCUGAUGAAUUUCUUGUUCACGGAGUAGAUAUGGAAGGAAAAAGGCUUGGAAUUGACGAGGAACUUGUGACAUUGCUUGGGCGCUUUUCACCUAUCCCAGUAACUUACGCUGGUGGUGUGACAACAAUGGAAGAUUUGGAGAAGAUUAAGAUUGCAGGAAUGGGGCGUGUGGAUGUCUCUGUAGGAAGUGCUUUAGACAUCUUUGGAGGUGACCUUGCGUAUAAGAAGGUGGUUGCCUGGCACCAUGAGCAAAUCAAAAUAAGAAGAUCCACAACUCUCCUUUGAUAUUUCAACUUCAAUUCAACAUCAAUUUGUGAAAUCAAUUAAAGUUGGGGCUAUUUUAGUAUGCGAAAGGUCAAUAUGUUGGAUUGCAUGGCCCGUUUGAGGGACUUUAAACUUCUAAGCUUAAUUUUAAUUGAAACCUACCUCAGAUUUUAUUUCUUAUUUGUAUAACCAUUUACCCUUAUUUACCUACUUAUGAUUUCUAACAUUAUUACUACAUU